AUGGCUUCAGUUUCUCACUAUUUGCUGCUAGUUCUGGUCCUUCUGGGUUCGCAUGCAGCUCAGCCAUCCUGUGUGCCAGGACCUGCCUGCACAGAGGAGACGUUUGGCAGGACUCUGCAGUGCAUGUCCAGCUCCUUGGAAAAGAUCCCAGGGAACCUUCCUGAAGAGUUCAGGCACGUGAGGAUUGCACACGCGUCCUUGUUUAAGCUGCCCUGAGGGUCCUGCGUCAACAUAAGCACCAACAUGACUCAACUUCACGAUGUCACUGUGAUCCACCCAGGAGCCUUGGAGUACCUGUCAGAAGUGAAGGAGCUGAGCGCGGGGAACAGACUCUGUUCAGUGCUGUGGGCAGUGUUCCGUGCCACCCCGGGCCCGAGGGUCUUAGAUCUCAAGCACAGCACAACUGACAUGCUCCCUGGGCUGGCUCUAGUGAUUGGCCAUCUGGUCUACCUUGACCUGUCUUCCAAUCUGGUAGUGGUAUCCAGGAGUCUCUUCUUGACCUGGCCUGCCUACCAGCCAUGCCAGCCUCCUGGAUGUGGGGCCCAGAGUCUCUCCGGCACGGGGCUGGCUCUGCAAAAUAAACCCUCUUGUGACUGUCACUUAAGGGGACAUGUCCAGGUUGUAAAGUCCACCGCUCCCGGCUGUUUGGUGAGUCCCUACCUGAUGCAAGGCCCUCUCUCCAAGGCUGGGAAGUUUUUCCAUGAAACUGAGCUCGGCACCUGCAAGCCCCACAUCCCAACCCCCAGUGCCAAUGUCACCAUCAAGGUGGGACAAAGUGUAACCCUGCAAUGCCUGGCACAGGCCAGCCCCUCACCAACCAUUAUGUGGAGGCAGCCCUUGAGCAUGUGGAUGGACAGCGAGACCACCCCCUGUCUCUUCCACGAUCUUCUCUCAGCGACAGAACAGGCAACACUUAAGGGCACUGCCUGUCCGUCUCCGGAGCGAGGUGACCCCCAUUUCGUUUAUGAGGAAAUUGAGGCCAAAAGCCUCCAAACAACUUGCCCCAAACAGGUGCCUGCGUCCCCGCCGGGACGGGACAUGGCCUCGAGGCUGCAGCGGGAGCUGGCCCCUGUGACGCCCCCACCAUUUCCCCCUCCCACCCUCACCCGGCCCCUCCCGGCCUCCUGGGCCUGUCUCAAGUUCCACGGCCCCCAUUAG